AAAUACGACCAAUCUAACAUCUUCUUAACUUUGGCCGUUCGGCCGAUAUCGUUCGAACACUUUUUGAAUUUCGAAUCGUCGUAUGGUCGUAGCUUUUUAAGACACCCCUUGUGUGCAGCGAGGGAUAUGGAAGUGUAGGUGCGCUAUAUACAGCCCUCGAGUAUAUAGUUCGCGGGGGUGAAAGACGGCGCCGGCCGCACCCCGACGUCGCGACAUCAGUCGUCGCCUCGACGGUGCUCAACAAGUUUCUUCCGGGACUUUCUGGUUCAAAAAUUACUUCUAGUUAUUUCACUGUUUCAUUUUAGAUAGGAUAAAACGUGUAGACAAUUAUCUUUAAAAUUGAAAAAAAAUCAUCCACAUCUUAUCGCUGAUUUUACACGCAGUGGUUUUAGACAAAAUGAAGUCUGGACUGAAACAUGAAAAUAGUUUGGAAGAAGAUUGGCCUUCAACUAAGGCAAACGGGAGUAAAAUGAUACGACGAACGUCUAGGAGAACAGAAAGGCUGAAUUUCAAAUCAUCAAGGGCUUCCCGAACCACAACACCGAGAGAAAAAACACUUAGAAGAUUGGAGAGUAAUGAAAGAGAAAGAAUGAGGAUGCACAGUUUGAAUGACGCGUUUCAGUCUUUGAGAGAGGUGAUACCUCAUGUCAGUAAAGAAAGACGUUUAUCCAAGAUAGAGACGCUUACUUUGGCCAAAAACUACAUAGUGGCUCUGACCGACGUGAUUUGCGCUAUGAGGAACGACGAGCAGUCAGCAGAUCAAGAAACACCAGAGGGCCCUGAAGAAGGAGGGUCAAACCAAACAAGAACAACGGUUUGCAUAAACAUCAACACGCCAAGUUCUUCGAGAUCUUCGAGUCCAGGCAUACAGAGUUUUUACGAAAGCAAUGAGGACAAGCUAUCAUGGGAAGAAAACUCGGACGGUUGUCACACGUUUUGAGAGAACGAUCAACGAUCAAUACUGACUGCUUGAAUAUUUUCAACUUUAAUCAAAAAUGAGAUGCUAACGACAAAUUUAAGGUAUUAUUAAUAAUUCAGAUGUCUCGCAAUUUCGGGAUGUAAUUCUAGUCCUAGACCAUAAAGAGAACAAGAAAAAUAUAAUAUUAUUCGUAUAUAUUUUAGCAAAAUGCACUCAAGUAGUUCCAUUAGUAAAUAUAUAUAAAUAUAUAUAUACUAUGCCUCGUUUGUAUCAAGUAUAUAUUGUUUAAAGAUGUUGCAACGAUGGCAGAUUGAGUUGAAAAAUAAUUUACACACUCCUUUUUUUCAUAUUGUGUUACGUGAUUUUCACCUAAGUGUGAUAAUGAUUUGAUUUGUAGCUAAUUAAUGAGAGCAUUUUGCACUACUCAUAUGUAUAUUUUAGAAAUAUAAGGCGUAUCACAAAAGAACAAGAAAUGUUGAAAGAUAAUAAUAUCGUAGCUUAGUGUGUAAAAUCAGUGCCAAAAAUUGUAUGAGAAAAAAUUAUCCAAUAACAGUAUUAUUGUAAGCCAUUGAAAAUGAAGACACUAAGAG